UCCGCGACCACGUUGUCAUGGUAGCGGAGAGCGAGACAGCCGCCGCAGGUAUAAAAGCAGACGCAGUCGGCGGCGCGUGCGUUUCAGUCAAUUCGCAGUGUUCGCCGUGCGCAGAUCAAAAAGCAUAUCAGUGUAACUCCAAACGCACCAUUCCGGUCGGUUCUAGCAGUCAGGAGCAAAGGGAAUAAAGCAGACGAGCAAACGAUGCCGGCAGCAGAUCUGAAUAUAGGGAAGCUCCACCUUGUGCUGGAGAUGUACAAAAUGGCCAGCAAUCCCGAGAACGACAGCAUGCAUUGGAGUGCGGACGGCAGUCUGCUAAUCGUGAACCUGCCGGCACUGGCCCUCCAUCUGAUACCGAUGGUUGACGAAGGGAAUCCGCUCAUCUGGUUCCUGGGGCUGAUGACCGGGGCCGGCUUCAUGCAGUGCCCGCUGGAGACGGUCGACGAGGCGGAGUACAACACGCCGCCGGAAAUGACGCUCAUCUUCUGGCAUCCUCAGUUCCACCGCAAUAAUCCCUGGUUUAACUACACCUGGAUCAGCGUGCACGAUGAGACCCCGCAGCGUGAGGAGGAGUAGCCUCACCAAGGAUGCCGGACAAUGUGGAGCAACCGGGGCGCCGAUCCUGCAAGACGUAAGAGCAAUCGAACGGUCCGAUUCGAACGAACAACAGAGAGAUGGAGACCGAAGACGAAAGGAUUUAGCGACCGGCGCAGAUGUUAAGAAAUUCUGCACUCGAGACACUCCAGCAACAGUUACACCGGCUUUGCGAUGGGCGUACUGUAGGUUGGUGUAAGUCUACAGUUAUUAGACCAUAGUUUAUUGAUUGAAACCCCCAACUUUGAAGACGACAGAAAAAAACACAGAGAGAGAGAGAGAGAGAGAGAUAGAUAGAGAGAGAUAGAGAGAGAGAGAGAGAGAGAGAGAGAGAGAGAGAGAGAUAGAUAGAGAGAGAUAGAGAGAGAGAGAGAGAGAGAGAGAGAGAGAAAGAGAGAGA